UAUUUUCAAGUAUUGGCAAUUUUUUAUUGGUGAUAAAUCUAAAGAGUCCAAAUCCACUUAAAUAUAAAUAUAUAUAUAUAUAUAUAUAUAUAUAUAUAUAUAUGUGUGUGUAUAUGUAUGUAUGUAUAUGUGUGUUAUUCUCGUAAAGUUUUCUUAUUUUCAUUUGUAUUGUAAACCUCGUCCCUAAAACAAGACAUAAUGGCGUUGGGGAAUCUUCCAUGGGAGUUAGUGGAAGAGAUCCUCUCUCGGGUACCACCAAAAAGUCUUGUUAGAUUUAGAGUUGUUUGCAAACAGUGGAAUGAUCUUUUCCAUGAUAAAAGUUUUAUCAAGACCCAAUUGGAUCAUGCAUGUCCACAAUUCGUCUUAUUUGACCAAAACAAGAUAUUUUUAAUAGAUGCCAAUCUUGAUGAUCUAGCAAUACAGAUGCAUCAGAUUUCUGUAGAUAUUCCAUGUGUGUUAGCUAUGAGUCCUUUCAGCACCACUUAUUGCGAUGGGUUGUUGAUUUGUGAUCUUCAUUGUAACGGGACCGCCGUUUGGAACCCGCUGUUGAGACGCGGUCGACAAAUUAUGACCAAAAAUAUUCGAUUCAAGUUAUGUGGGAUAGGAUACGAUAGUAAUAGAUCCGAAAUAAGUUACAAGUUAUUUGGGUAUCAUUAUUAUUACGAACACGAUUGUAAACUUGAAAUAUAUGAGUGUGCAUCUAAUACGUGGAAGUAUAUCAAUGCCCCUUACGAAGAAUGGCCAAUAAAAGAACCGUUAGAUAAUCAUAUAUCACUUGGUGGAAAUUCGUAUUGGACUGCUUAUAACAUCGAGACUAGCGAGUAUCUCAUCCGAAAAUUUGAUUUUUCAAAGGAGAUAUUAAAGAACUUUUGUAUUCUACCGUGUAAGAAGAACCAUGAGGGAGAUACUCAUUACCUCUCGGUUUUUAGAGGAAACCGGUUUUCAAUGUUAGAACAAUGCUAUGGAACAAAAGAGAUUGAGAUUUGGGUUACAACAAAGAAAAUCCAAAAUGGGGAUGAGGAGAAUGUGGUAUGGGUUAGGUUCAUGAAUGUCUCAAUACCUGAAAUACCUAGGUUAUUUCACCAGAGUUUCGGACGUUGCCCAAGUUACUUUGUUGAUUAUAUGUACGGAAAGAGCUUUGUCUUGUGUUGUACAGACGAAAAUAGACAGGGUUCUAUUUAUAUUUUGAGGGGAGGUUUUUCAAGGAAGAUUAAAAUAGAUUCUAGGGGUGUUGAUUUUAAUCACUUUAUUUAUGUUCCAAGUUUCACCCCCAUUCCAUGAGAAAGUUCAGAUUAAGAUAACAAGAAUCAAAAGCUUGCAUGUAGAGUAGAGGGUUAACAUGAGAUCAGCGAUUAUAUCUUGUAUUGCAUUAUGACAAUAUAAUUACAAGUUUAUUGGCUGGAAUAUUGAAUUAUCUUGUGUAUAAAAUUAUAUAUAAGUUUUGUUCCUUUUUUUUAAAUAAAACUAGAUCAUGACUCGUGCGUUCGCACAUGUGUUUUUUAACUAGUAAUUAUGGAUGUUUAGUCCGGUAAAACCAAACUAAUUAAAACCGAAACAAACCAAAAUAGAAAAAGUAGUUUGGAUUUGGUAAUAGUGAAUAUACGGAAUGAAUUGUUUUAUAAGAAACUGAUGUAUAUAGAUAUGGUUUGGCAUAUAAACUAAUCAAACCAAAUAAACCGAUCAAUUAAAAUACUAUAGUAUAAUUAUAUGUAUAUUAUAUAAUAUAAUUAACAAUAUAUACAUAGUUUAUUUUAUAGAUAUGAUCUUCAUACUUAAAAUGUUGAUUUUAGUAAUUUAAUAUUUUAUUUUAAAUUAAAAGUUAUUUUUUAUUUUAUCAAAUUAAACAAAACAUAAUUUUUUUUGGCAAAUAUGUGUGCUAAAAUUUAGUUAUUUAAUAGUAUUAUGGAUUACAAAUUUUCUAAUUUUAUUCUAUAAAAACUAUUACUAAUAUUAACUUAAUAUUUUUACUAAUUAUUUAAAUAGUAAAAUAAAAAAUACUUUCGUGUUAUAUUAAAUCUGAUAUCUAAUUAUAUAAAGUAAAAUUCACAAGAUUUAUAAAAAACUAAAUACAUUAUGGUUUUUUGGUAUAAAACCGAAUAAAUAAAAAACCGAUGGUACAUAAACCGAACCAAACCAAAGUAGAUAUGAUUUUAAUAUGAUAGUUAUUUUUCAUUAACCGAAAAACUGAAAAAUUGAACCGAGAACCGAUAUCCAGAUUGGAAACCCCUCAAUGUAAUAUAUAAUAUUAUGAUUUAUGGAAAGAUUAUAAAUAUUUAUAAAUGUCUGAGUUGUUUAUAUUGUAGCUAGAUGUUAAACUAAUCAAAAUGAUGCCUAAACAUAUUUGAUCAUUUUUACUACAUGGACCAUUUUCAUAUUGUAUUUGUUUAUAAAUUUAACCACUUAAUAUGUUUGUGUAUACUAAUACAUUAAUUUUCUAAAACAAAUAUUUUGUGGCAAAUAAUGUUUUUUUAUCUUUUUCACAUUUACGUGUCUCUUAGUUUACUUUAUAUUGGAAAUAUAUGAGAAACAUACAGCACUUAAAAACAUAUAUAAACAGUUUUAGAAUUAAUGUAAUAUUAAUAUUGAGAAUAUUUUAAAUUUUUCGCAUAGAGUAUCAAAAUAUGUUAAAUUUGUUGGUUAGCUAGAUUAUAAGAAGUAGUAGAUUUUAUUUUAAUUAAAUAAGGAAAAUACAUUAAAUACUUAAACUAAGUUUAUUAAUUGGUUUAGUGGCAUAAGAUUAUAAAUUAAUUGUAAACUUAAGGGUUUAUUCUUAUUUAUACUUCUAUUUUAACAGAUUAGAUUUACUUUUAUUCCAUCAAACCCAGCAAAGGGGAUAAGUAACAGAGCAGAAAAUAAACCCAACAAAGCGAUGAAAUUGAGCAAAAUUCGGUACUCCGCUCCUUCCACACAAAAUAUACCGAAGCAACCUGAUUAUCAGCUUGAUACAUAUAAACUGUAUUUUCUGUUAGGUUUUAAACCUUUACCUAGUGCUUAAACUUAGAAUGAAAUCAGAGAUUACAAGCCAAUGAUUAACACAAAACCCACGAACUCUUUGUUUGCUUAAUCUCUUGUUAUAUCUCUCUCUCUUUGCCCUUGCUCUCUCUCGGAUAAUCUCGGAACUUUGAUCACCUCCUCUAUAUAUAUAACAUGAUAACCGACUUUACUCCUAUUCCAUAUUACCUUUUGUAAAGUCUUCGCCGACUAACGUAACAUUUCCUUAACGUUUUCUUUGUUAAAAUUUAAUUUGUCAAUUGACUUAUGCUUUAGUAUAUGAAAUAUGUACGGCAAAUGAGAUAGUCGAUUUGUUGUAUAUAGUAGAUUUUUAUAUUAGACUUUUCAUGGCAAAUUUUCGUAGCCGAUUUAAAUUUGUAGCCGACUUUUUUUAUUUACGAAGUAGCAUACUUAUGUAAAAAAAAUGUGGGUUUGAGUAAACCGAACUUAACUUGAUGUCAAAGUAAACUAAUUUUAUUUUUACUUUGAAACAAAUAAGACCUUCAAAUUGAAGACACUUAUUAAACUACACCACACUUGUUACCGACCAAUCUCAAAUCUGUAGUCGUACUCAUUCAAAGCACGAUACUUUUUUUAACAGAACACAAUCCCUAAAUGCAACUCGAUUGAGAAUUAAGUUUGUGAAACUCGAUUGAGGGUUAAAGAGAGACACGGGAAUAUACCUUGGAAAUUACUCUUGGUUGAAAACGAUUUAUCCACCGCAAAUGUUUUCGAUUUUUGAUUCAGAUGUGAAGAUGGAGUUGAACUUAACUUGAUGUCAAAGUAAACUAAUUUUAUUUUUACUUCGAAACAAGCAAGACCUUCAAAUUGAAGACACUUAUUAAACUACACCACACUUGUUACCGACCAAUCUCAAAUCUGUAGUCGUACUCAUUCAAAGCACGAUACUUUUUUUAACAGAACACAAUCCCUAAAUGCAACUCGAUUGAGAAUUAAGUUUGUGAAACUCGAUUGAGGGUUAAAGAGAGACACGGGACUAUACCUUAGAAAUUACUCUUGGUUAAAAACGAUUUCUCCACCGCAAAUGUUUUCGAUUUUUGAUUCAGAUGUGAAGAUGGAGUUGAACGUGCAAGAGGAAUAUGAUCUGGGGUAGAAGAAUUAAGGGUAGAAAUCGAAAUCAAGUAAUGGGGGGGGGAUCAAUUCUUCUGUUUUUUUUUUUUAAAUAUCAUGUCGACAAAACCAGUCUCUUAUUAAUGUUUUUCAUUUUUUUUUAAAGGGCAAACUUGUGAAUAAUGAAGUAAAGGUUGGGUUUUUGGUAUAUUUUUUGUUUUUUGUUUUAAUCUAGUCUAGUAAUAAUUAAAUUAUAUAAGUUAGUCUAGUAAUUUGUUCAUUAAUUAGAGUAAUUAAAAGUACUUUCUCUUAAUUUUUUUUUUGUUACCUGAGGUGUCCAAAUUAUAUUGAUUAAGUUAACCAAUCUUAACUUUUGAUUCUGUAAUGACAAAAAUACUUACAAUUAAUUCUAACCAAAUUUGUUUUUAUUUUAUUUUAUUAGAUUUUGUUUAUAAAUAUAUCACUUAAAUUAAUUUUUUAAGAUAUAGGUAUUUAUGUUUCUAUUUUUAUUUUAAAGUAUUGACACCUUUUUAUCAAU